UGCUGAUGAUGGUAAAAUAGUGGUCAAUCGGAAAAAAAAUGGAGGGGGACUAUUUUGCCUUAGAACACCCUAGUUGUAUCCCUCCUCCAUUAAUUGAUUAAAAUACGUUUCAGACCAAAACUUCAUCACAAACUACUGAAAAGCAAUGUCUCGGACAUCAGGCUGUGAAUUCAUAACCACUUCAUGUAAGUAACUUUCUGUGAGGGAGCUUUUAGAGGUGGACAUCUGGUUCCUAUCACCACCAUUCUGACUCUGUACGUUUCCCUUGAAUGGAGCAUGUCACACCAAACCACUCUGAAUGACUUUGUUGACACGUUAGCCCUUUCAUUAUGCAGAAAUUUGUAAAAAAAAAAAAUGGUGGAAUUCCCCUUUACUGAGUCUCAUAAGCUUCUCUGAGUCCGCAAACCACUACAGGGGUAAAGUCUGGGUCCAAGCAAAUGACAGGCAUACAAAGUGGUCGUAUUGUAGCCAAAAUGAGCUUCAAAUUUUAUACACUUUAUUACUUCUUAAUUAAAACGCACGAGCUGUUCCUGUUCGUUUGGUGUGUGAGUGAGUGGCGGGGUCUCUUUAAGAGGAUGAGAUCAAUGUCUGUGUGCGGGGGGAUUUACAGGCGCUGCCGCUGGAACAGGCUAAUCCUCAGCGAAAUGGUGGGACAAGUUGGACUGAACUUGACGGGAAGGAGACCUUACUUUGUGCAUUUGACGUGAAAGCGUGAACGGGGCGUCUGCAGGGAUGAGCUGAGCUGAGCGUAUAGCCUGAAUACACCCAGUGCGGGAGGCGCUGCAGGCAGUUGGAGGAGCCAUGCAGUCAGACGAGGCUGGGACGGAGUGGCUCAUGGAGCUGCUGACUGAUGUGCAGCUCCAGCAGUACUUCCUCCGUAUCCGUGACGACCUCAACGUCACGCGCCUCUCGCACUUCGACUACGUGAAGAAUGAGGAUCUGGAGAAAAUCGGCAUGGGGCGGCCAGGUCAGAGACGGCUGUGGGAAGCAGUGAAGAGAAGGAGAGCGAUGUGUAAACGCAAGUCCUGGAUGAGCAAGUCUCUGUACCUGGGACAACAGGUGUUCACGGGGAAGCGACCUGAGUCGGACUCCCAGACCAACGCUGUGUUCCGGGGUUUAUCUCCCACCCCUGGUCAGGGCGAAGGUCAGCCAUCUGCCCUCACCUGCCUCAUCAGCGACCGGGACCUCACACUGUUCGAGAAGCUGGGAGACGGCUCGUUCGGGGUGGUGAAGCGUGGAGAGUGGCAGGCCCCCUCUGGAGGAGUGCUUAAUGUUGCAGUGAAGUGCUUGAAGACUGAUUUGCUGGACCAGACAGAGAGUCUGGACGACUUCAUACAGGAAGUGAAUGCCAUGCAUUCUCUGGACCACCAAAACCUCAUACGGCUGUAUGGAGUGGUCCUCACACACCCCAUGAAGAUGGUGACGGAGCUGGCUCCGCUGGGCUCUCUGCUGGACAGGCUCAGGAAGAGGCAGGGUCAUAUCCUGAUCUCCGUGCUGUGUCGCUACACAGUGCAGAUCGCCUGCGGAAUGGCCUAUCUGGAGUCCCGCCGCUUCAUUCAUCGUGACCUGGCCGCCCGAAAUAUCCUGCUAGCCUCAAACGACCUGGUCAAGAUCGGAGACUUCGGCCUAAUGAGGGCUCUUCCCAAAAACGAUGAUCAUUAUGUCAUGCAAGAGCACCACAAAGUGCCCUUCGCCUGGUGUGCUCCGGAAAGCCUGAAAACACGUACCUUCUCCCAUGCUAGUGAUACCUGGAUGUUUGGAGUGACCCUGUGGGAGAUGUUCACUCAUGGCCAGGAGCCAUGGCUCGGCCUCAAUGGCAGCCAGAUCCUGCAUAAGAUUGAUAAAGAAGGUGAGCGGCUGGUUAAACCAGAGGAUUGUCCACAGGACAUCUACAACGUCAUGUUGCAGAGCUGGUCCCCGAAACCUGAGGACAGGCCUACAUUUGUGGCCCUCAGGGACUUCUUAGUGGAGACCAUGCCAACAGACAUGAGGGCUCUGCAAGAUUUUGAUGAGCCAGACAAGCUGAAGAUUCAUGCCAAUGAUGUUAUCACUAUCAUUGAAGGCAGGGCGGAGAACUACUGGUGGAGAGGGCAGAACAGACAAACCCUGAAGGUCGGUCAGUUUCCCAGGAAUGUGGUGACCUCUGUAGCAGGCCUGUCUGCUCAUGACAUCAGCAGGCCACUCAAACACAGUUUCAUCCACACGGGCCACGGAGACACAGACCCUCACCGCAGCUGGGGCGCCCCUGAUAAAAUCGAUGAUCUAUACCUGGGUAACCCAAUGGAUCCCCCUGAUGUUCUUGGGAUGGAGACAAACACAGCCAGGCCCACUAAGUUACCCAACCGGGCCAAAAAGCAACCUCCACCUCGGCCUCCUCAGCCUGCCGUUCUUCUUAAGAAGCCGUUCUAUGACUCAGUGUUGGAGGACGAUGAUGAUCUGAUAGUGACGGGGGUGAAGAAGCUGUCUCUGAAGACGCCGGCGUAUCUAGGUCUGCGUCUGCGGCCGUGGGAGAGCUCCAGUCCUGGCGACCGCCUCAGCGAGGUCUCACUCAUCGACUUCGGAGACGACAGCUUCAGCUCAGCCUCACCCUCCCCCAUCACGGAAACACCCAACUCCAGCACCGCCCGGCAGCUGCCCUCAGCCUCAGGCGCCUCCAUUCUGGAUGCAGUGCCGCUCCACAGCCCCUACCGCAGCCUGCCCAAUCCCCUCCACCCCACCCCUGUGGUGGACUGGGACGCUCGACCACUCCCUCCACUCCCGGCCUACGAUGAGGUAGCCUUAGAGUGUGAGGAGCAGGAGGACGUGGAGGUCAGCUCCAUAAACGCCUCUGCUCAGCAGAGAGAAAGCGAGGCUGAACAGACACCUAGUGCAGAAAAUGUUUCAAACGAGGGUAAGCGCGUGGUUGAGGACAACCUGUUCCUGCCCUCCAAGCCAGCAGAGGAGACCCACUCCUUCUCACAGUCGGCUGACAUCUUCAAGGAGCUGCAGAAGGAGGCGAUGGCGAAGCUGCGUGUGCCUGCAGCGGGCCGUUCGCUGCCCUCCUCGCCAAUUCCUGCUCACUCGCUCGCCCCACACCGCCAGAUCAUCCUACCUUCCUCUUACGAGGACAAACCCCAGAUACCGCCCCGGAUCCCGAUCCCGCCCAUGCGGCCCUCCAAGCGGGCGAACGUGUAUGGCAGCAGGCUCUCGGCCUCUUUGGGGGAUGAUGAAGACCGGAGCAGGCCCCCUCGGAUCCCCCCCAGAGACCAUGCCGUGUCCCAGCCUGGCUCACGGGCCCCCAGCCCCAUGGCCCCGUAUGCGGGUUCCCCUCAGCAGAAGCUUAGCUUGUGCUGUGUUGGUUCCUUGGGUUCCUGCCUGUCCCCCUCUUCAUAUUCCUGUGCUCCUUCCACCACCUCCUCGUCCACAGCCUCCAGUACCUCCUCUAAGCUUGUGUCCGGCCCCAGUAGACUCACUUUAGACACCCAGUACGGCUCCACUGAGACGGGUCAAGCUCAAGCGAAGAGCCCCUGCAUCCUCCCCAUUAUGUGUGAUGGUGUGAAGGCCAGUAGCACCCACUAUUACUUGCUACCAGAGAGGCCAGCGUAUCUAGACAAAUAUGAAAGGUUUCUAAAGGAUUCAGAGGGAGGUGAAGAUAGAAGAACCACCAAUAUGGCCACCGUUAGGCCCAUGGUCCAGCAGAAGGUCAUUAAGCCCAAUCUUCCUUCUGCUCCUAGCAGUAGUGGCAGUGGACCAGGCAGGUCUUACAGCCUGGCUUCAACCUCAGAGCCAGCAGCACAAGCCAGCUCUUACAGCAGUGUCAGACAGGUGCAGGAGGCAGUCCAUGGAGUAACUGUAGAGGAGUGUCAGGCAGCCCUCCAGAGUCACAACUGGAACAUCCAGGAGGCAGUGCAGUAUCUAAAGGUGGAGCAGCUGUUCCGUUUAGGUCUGAAGGCUCGGCCUGAGUGUGUAGAGGUUCUGCAGCGGUGCAGUUGGAACCUAGAGCAAGCUAGCACUCAGAUGCUGGACUCAUAUGGCCCCACCAGGCAAAGAUACUAAAGCCAGUUUUCAGGAUGAACCUUCUGUCUGCUGCAAAUCACCGGUGACUACUUCAGCUCAACUGAGUCUGGACCAGCUUGAGACAUAUGUGCACUAUUUUUCAUGAAAUGGGUUCUUUAUGGUGAGGUAUGACACUGAAUACUGAAGUAUUUCCAUGAGAAAGCUAACCAUGCUGAUGUGUAAGAAUGUAAUUUAUUUUAAUCACACUGUGCGUAUUCUUAUUCAUAUUGCAUUUUCAGCGUUAUGUGGGACUCAAUAUUACUGUAGAAAAGACAGCAGCGCUACGCUUACUUGAAAUAGUUCUGUAUAAUUUAUAUUCCAGACGUUUAUCUAUUCUUAUUUGUUUUGUCUCAAAUUUAUUGAUAUUUAUAUUAUAGUAUUUUCAUGUAUGAAGCAAAGGUAAAAAGAGAUCAUUGUGGCUAUAUUACUGUAUUUAUUACGAUAUUUAUUGCCUUCAUUAUGUGUAUAAAUAUUUUAUUUAAUGACACUACAGUGUUUGAUAUCUUGAUGUCUUUUUAUCAAUUGCCCUUCAGAUUUCAUGAGACAGGUGUGUACAACUUCUAGCCUUUUAUUCUUGUAGCCUCAUACUUUUCACAUCCCUCUAAGAAAAAAAAUAUAUGGACACUCGCCAAGCACUUUAUUAGGAACACCUGUACAGCUACUUGUGCAUGGACUCAUCUAACCAGCUAAUCAUGUGGCAGCACUGCAGUGGUAGUGCUUCAGGUAAUGUUACAUCAACCACAUCGUGGGGAAAAUGUGAACUCAGUGAUUUUAACUGUAGCAUGGUUGUUGGUGCCAGACGGGCUAGCUUGAGUAUUUUCAUGCACUACAGUCUCUAGAGUUACUCAGAAUGAUGCAAUAAAGAAAAAAAACAUCCAUUGAGUUGCAGUUCUGCAGACAGAAAUGCUUUGUUGAUGAAAGAGGCCGGACUGGUUCUAGCUGACAGAAAGGCUAUGGUAACUCACAUAACCACUCUGUACAAUUGUAUUGAGGAGAAAAGCAUCUUAGAAUGCACAACAUGUCAAACCUUGAGGUGGAUGGGCUACAAUGAUGAAUCUCUGGUUCUGCUCAGGCAGAUGGUAGGGUCAGAAUUUGGCACCAACUGCAUAAAUGAGUGGACCCAACCAGCCUUGUAUCAGCAGUCCAGGCUGGUGGAGGUGGUGUAAUGGUGUGGGGAAUGUUUUCUUGGCACAGCUGGGGCCUGUAAACACCAAUUGAUCAAAGCUUCAGUGCCACAGCAUUUAUUAUCUUCUCAUGGCUACAUCCAGCAUGAUAAUCUCACAGAACAAAAGUUGUCGCAAGAUUUCAUGAACAUGGCAGUGAGUCCUUCAGUGACCUUCCCUGUCACCAGAUCUGAAUCCAAUAGAACACCUUUAGGAUGUCGUAAAAUCGGAACAUGCACCUGAAAAAUCUGCAUGAACUGAUGCAAAUCAUGUCAGCGUGGACCUGAAACUCAAAGGAAUGUUCCCAACAUCUUUUGGAAUCCAUGCCACGAAGACCUGAGGCUGUUUUGAGAGCAAAGGGAGGCCCUACCCAGUGUUAGUGUUCCUAAUAAAGAAUAAAGUGCUCAGUGAGUGUGUGUGUGUGUGUGUGUGUGUGUGUGUGUGUGUGUGUGUGUGUGUGUGUGUGUGUGUGUGUGUACACCUCUCCAUGCUCUAAGCUUUGCCAGAAAUCAUAUUCAGUCUAAUAAACAAUUGUAGAGUACGACUCUACUUAGCUUCAGUUGAUAUUCAGUUGGUAUCAGUUAGCUACAGCAGCAUAGUGCAACUUGAUUGGGGUGGCAUUUUAAACUACAAAGUCCAAGCUACAAAGAUUAUUACAUUUUCUCACCAACUUUUCGGAAACUUUCUUGUCCAACCUGGAAACAAGCUCUACGAAAGAAAAGCACUUUUGUAUGAAGCAUGAAUAGAUCAGCCUUCGUUUUCUUUUAUGUGCCAUAAAUGAUCUAAGAAGAAUAAAAAUCAGGGUCAAACAUGAUUUAUUUAUUUGUUCACUCACUUCAUUUAUUCAUUCAUUCAUUCACUCACAGACUUUAUUUAUUUAUUUAUUUAUUUGCAUAUGAGGCUACCAAAGAUGUUUGUAUGGUUUUGUUUCUGCUGUAUAUAUCUGUAAAUAGAUCUGUUGCCUGUGUGGAUGAAAAGCAGUCGGCGCCAGCGAGUUCAGAAUGUGGUUCUGCCUGUCUGUUGACUUUUAGCUUGUAAAAUCCAGCUCAGGUGAAACAGCAGUUCAGUAGUAGAUUCUCUGUGGUUAUCUCAUGUAAAUUGUGUAGGCUUGUCCACUUGCUUUAGACACAUACCUGACUGAGCCAUUAAGUUCCCAGUCAUCUGCACUUCAGCAUAUAUUGUGUACGGAUUCAAUCAGCGCAUGCAAAUAUCCUGCCUAGCUGAGCCAAUAUAUGCUUCUGCACUGUUUUUGCGUGUGCGUUCUAGUUUCUCGGGACUCUGUCCACGUGUACAGCCUCAUACUCACGUUUAUCAUGAUCAUUUGUAUCAUCUUGACUGAGACUCUCUACAUUCUUCAGGUUGCACCCCACUCACUGAAGUGGUUGUUAAAAUGCUGGGCUUGGUGUAUAUUGCUUUGGAUGUAAAGCUCAAUAAUGCAUCUGUAUUUUUAUAUUGAAAUAAAUCUAUAGAAGUGC